AUGGCGGCACCUUUGGACGACGACAGCAAAUGUCUGCUGACUCCGUCGUCCGCCAAACUUUUCUUCCUUCAGGUAAUAAUAUUCCUUGAGCUCUUAGAUCUUUAGAAUGAAAGCAAUCAUGAUGACCAGUUGAGCCGUUUCUAUCUUGGUCAAGGACUCAUGAACAGUGAGCCGGUUCUCGCAAACAACUAUGCCGUUCAAGAGGUCCGAUCCAGCGAGAGUGGGGCUUAUACGAACAUUAAUUAUCCAUACUUUUCCGAGACUGCAUUACAACAAGUAAGAGAGGUUGCAAUUCGCUAAUGUGUUUAGUUGCUGAGCAAUGAAGAACAGACAGAAUACGUCGAACCCGAAUUUGAAUGCAGUUCUGCUUGUGUUGCGCCGAACGCGACUGACAGAAGUUCCAGAUUCUCCUUCUACCGAGGUCAUACCCCCAGAUCAUCAUGCUUCUUUUAUUCCGAGAGCCAGCCUUCCGUGGUUACCAAUACGGGCUCUGUUGUUGGAUAUACCGGAGGCCAUAAACAGUCAUUCAGCACCCGGGAAGUCCGCGAGCAGCACAUGCAGAUACAAAAGAAGUACCGUCCAAAUCGACGUCGGCAUUUUACUGAUCCAGUCGAUUUCGAAGGUAAGAUAGCAUGACAUACGCCUAUUAUUGAGUGUAGGCAUACUCAAUAUUAUCGGUGGUUGCUCGUGGUGGCAGAUCUGGGUAUAUUUAUUAAUCAGUCUUCAACAAAUACCUCAUGCAAUGUUCAACUUAUCGGUUGUUUAUAUGAUGUAUCAACCAGAUCAUUGGUGUCAAGUCCCCGCUUUUAACGAGUCUGAUCCCGGUUAUCUAUGGUCUUUGAAUGACGUCAUUCAUAACUAUUCAAUUGUAUAUCCAAAUACGGGUAAUAAACAGAGGAAUACAAUUGAUUUUCAUGAUCAGGUAGGUGAUAAUAAAGACUUUUCAUCUGUUCAGUGCCAUUACUAUGAUCGAGGGUUCGAAAGAUACGAUCAGUUGAGAAGGAUGUCUCUGGCAGAAGCCCAGAGAAUUAUUCAGAAUGAGAAAGCGACCAUUGUAAAAUGCAAUAAAUGGCAUUAUGCAAAUGAUGUAAUGGACGCAACGAUAGUGACGGAAUGGAAUCUCGUAUGUGACGACAACUUCAAGAGGGCCCAUUCGCAUCUGUUUUAUUCGUUCGGCUUUCUUUUUGGAUGCCUUCUGGGUGGAUUCGCUUCGGAUCGCUUUGGUCGGAAACCCACUGUGAUUGGCUUCGGUAUUCUAUCGUCCAUGUUUGGUCUUAUCUUACCCUACUCAACGUAUUUCCCCAUGUUUCUCUUUGUUCGGUUUUGUGGGGCCGUGUGCAAUGAGGCCGCCGAUCUGGCUGCCUAUGUUCUAUGCAUGGAAAUUACGGGUAAUCGAAUCGAUUUCUCUUGCGAUGACAAAUAACUACUGUAUACAAAAUAUAUACAUAUUCCUUCUUUAGGUACAAAAUUUCGUGCAAUGGUGGGCAGUAUGCUGCAGGCGCCUUGGGCAGUCGGCUACGCAUUCCUUGCCCUUAUCGCUUACACUUGUAAAUCAUGGCAGGUUAUUCAGUUACUGACCGCGGCCCUCCACACCAUCUCCAUUUGCUUGAUCUGCGCUCUUCCAGAGAGUCCACGCUGGCUGAUUGUGAAUAACCGAGUGGAGGAGGCGGAGAGAUACAUCCGCAGAGCUUGCCGAGAUCCCCCAUUCCCAUUCAGUCUUUGUAAAUUCAACAAAUCUUCGUUACCUUGUGAUCUGGAGCUGGUUAAGCAUGCCGAGCAACGGAAAUGGGUUCGCCAAGAUCAACGGGCUAAUAUUGUACAUAUUCUGAAGUCGCGGAUUCUGUGUGUGAGGACGUUGAUCAUUAACUUUGUUUGGAUUUCAACUGCGCUUGUGUAUUACGGCUUAGUCAUAGGUAACUUCAGUCAUUUAGCUUAUGAUGCACGUCGUUCCUUACAUUUUUUCAGCAUUAUCCGACCAAUCUGCUCCAGGCCGAGUAUUAUUUAGUGGUAAUUUUUUUGUUAACAACGCGAUCGCUGGUGCUAUUGAACUUCCUACCUUAAUCUUUUGUGUAUUUUUAAUGAAAUUUGGAAGAAAGCGUUCUCAAAUGGUGACUUUGAUAGCCGCGGCGUUGUUCAUCUUCGCAGCAAUGGCAGCCAUCAGCAAAAAGAAUCAAAUGGUGGGUAACAUAAGUAUUUUUUAAGCAUCAUUCGGUAGUCUAAUUAUGUCUUUCUUUCAGGUUGCCCUAGGGUUUUUAUUAGUUGGAAAGAUCUUCAUUCAAGGAGCUUUUAAUAUCUUGUACAUUUUCACUUCCGAACUCUAUCCUACAGUAAUCCGGAAUAGUGCAGUGGGCUUCAAUUCAAUGGUAAGGCUAAUUUCCUGAGGGCAUAGAUGCUAAUUACGCUUCAGAUAGCGCGGGUUGGCUCGGGCGUAGCUUCUUACAUCGCCAUCUUAUCCGACGUGACGUUGGCCAUCGUUCCCAUGAUGAUUUUCUCGACUUUCUCUUUAGUGGCAGGCUUUGUUGUUCUUUUUCUGCCCGAAACUCGAGACCGCCCAUUGCCAGAUACCCUCCAAGAUGCUGUUACAUUCCUCGAAAGUGACGCCAAUUAUCAUUGUUACACUUUUGGCGGAACAAAGUUGAGUAUUUCAUUAUUGGGGAAGGACUCAAAUGCUUCUGUCGCCGCCCCACAAACUUCUGCAUCGAAAGAAGAACCGCUGACAAGUACAUCGACAGUCACAACGAAGAUCAAGGACGACGACCUCCUAGUGCCAUCCAACGUGAUCAGCAAGAGAUCCGAGACUUUCAACGAACUCCCGGCAAUCCCCGAGGUCCCUGACCAUCAUGAAUUGGAGGGGCCCAGUCCCUCAACCUCGAUCGUCAAGCCCGAGGAAAAAGCCCGACCUCGAGUCGGACUGUCCACAAACAAUAGACCGGUUAGUUGUUAUUCAUAUUCCAAAAGUAGUAUAACUUCAGGGUGAAAGCGAGUCCAUCUUCAGUGAUCAGGACAAAUUGCCCGAGGCAUUUGAGUAA